UCCCAGGGAAAAAAAAAAGUAAAUCAAACCUUUGAGAAGCAUUUGCUGGUUGAAGUGCUUUCUGUCUAGUGAGGGGGUCUGUGGAUUUCUAGUUUAUGAUAAAUAGGACUUUAAAAACCAGGGACAGGAGGGCGAGUGUUCAGGUUCUAGAGCUAUGCAGCUGGAGCACUGCCUUUCUCCUUCUAUCAUGCUCUCCAAGAAAUUUCUCAAUGUGAGCAGCAGCUACCCACAUUCAGGCGGAUCUGAGCUUGUCUUGCACGAUCAUCCCAUUAUCUCGACCACUGACAACCUGGAGAGAAGUUCACCUUUGAAAAAAAUUACCAGGGGGAUGACGAAUCAGUCAGAUACAGACAAUUUUCCUGACUCCAAGGACUCACCAGGGGACGUCCAGAGAAGUAAACUCUCUCCUGUCUUGGACGGGGUCUCUGAGCUUCGUCACAGUUUCGAUGGCUCUGCUGCAGAUCGCUACCUCCUCUCUCAGUCCAGCCAGCCACAGUCUGCGGCCACUGCUCCCAGUGCCAUGUUCCCGUACCCCGGCCAGCACGGACCGGCGCACCCCGCCUUCUCCAUCGGCAGCCCCAGCCGCUACAUGGCCCACCACCCGGUCAUCACCAACGGAGCCUACAACAGCCUCCUGUCCAACUCCUCACCGCAGGGCUACCCCGCGGCCGGCUACCCCUACCCACAGCAGUACAGCCACUCCUACCAAGGAGCCCCUUUCUACCAGUUCUCUUCCACACAGCCCGGACUGGUACCCGGCAAAGCUCAGGUGUACCUGUGCAACAGGCCCCUCUGGCUGAAAUUUCACCGCCACCAAACGGAGAUGAUCAUCACCAAACAAGGAAGGCGCAUGUUUCCUUUUUUAAGUUUUAACAUUUCUGGUCUCGAUCCCACGGCUCAUUACAAUAUUUUUGUGGAUGUGAUUUUGGCGGAUCCCAAUCACUGGAGGUUUCAAGGAGGCAAAUGGGUUCCUUGCGGCAAAGCGGACACCAAUGUGCAAGGAAAUCGGGUCUAUAUGCAUCCGGAUUCCCCCAACACGGGGGCUCAUUGGAUGCGCCAAGAAAUCUCUUUUGGAAAAUUAAAACUUACAAACAACAAAGGAGCUUCAAACAACAAUGGGCAGAUGGUGGUUUUACAGUCCUUGCAUAAGUACCAGCCCCGCCUGCAUGUGGUGGAAGUGAACGAGGACGGCACGGAGGACACCAGCCAGCCCGGCCGCGUGCAGACGUUCACUUUCCCCGAGACUCAGUUCAUCGCCGUCACCGCCUACCAGAACACCGAUAUUACACAAUUGAAAAUAGAUCACAACCCCUUUGCAAAAGGAUUUCGGGAUAAUUAUGACACGAUCUACACUGGCUGCGACAUGGACCGCCUGACCCCCUCGCCCAACGACUCCCCGCGCUCGCAGAUUGUGCCCGGGGCCCGCUACGCUAUGGCCGGUUCUUUCCUGCAGGACCAGUUCGUGAGCAACUACGCCAAGGCCCGCUUCCACCCCGGUGCGGGCGCGGGCCCCGGGCCGGGCACGGACCGCAGUGUGCCGCACACCAACGGGCUGCUGUCGCCGCAGCAGGCCGAGGACCCGGGCGCGCCGUCGCCGCAGCGCUGGUUUGUGACACCGGCCAACAACCGGCUGGACUUCGCCGCUUCGGCCUACGACACAGCCACGGACUUCGCGGGCAACGCGGCCACGCUGCUCUCGUACGCGGCCGCGGGCGUGAAAGCGCUGCCGCUGCAGGCGGCGGGCUGCACCGGCCGUCCGCUCGGCUACUACGCCGACCCGUCCGGCUGGGGCGCGCGCAGCCCCCCGCAGUACUGCGGCGCCAAGUCGGGCUCGGUGCUGCCCUGCUGGCCCAACAGCGCCGCGGCCGCCGCCCGCAUGGCGGGCGCCAACCCCUAUUUGGGCGAGGAGGCCGAGGGCCUGGCCGCCGAGCGCUCGCCGCUGCCGCCCGGCGCCGCCGAGGACGCCAAGCCCAAGGACCUGUCCGACUCCAGCUGGAUCGAGACGCCCUCCUCCAUCAAGUCCAUCGACUCGAGCGACUCGGGGAUUUACGAGCAGGCCAAGCGGAGGCGGAUCUCACCCGCCGACACGCCGGUGUCCGAGAGCUCGUCGCCGCUCAAGAGCGAGGUGCUGGCCCAGCGGGACUGCGAGAAGAACUGCGCCAAGGACAUAGGCGGCUACUACGGCUUCUACUCGCACAGCUAGGCCGGCCCUGCCCGCCCGGCUCCGCGCCCCGCCGCGGCCCGGCCCCCUCCCGCCUCCCGCCCCCAGCCAGCCCCUCGCAGCUCUCCCCAGCUCCUCCUCCCCACGCCCCACCUCGCGCACCCCCUCAUUUCACUUGGCCCUCGAAUACCG